AUGCUCAGUUUAAUGUGUAUUGCUAGAGAGAUUUUUUUUGUUGGGAAGGGUACAUGUGAUCAGGACAGGGCCAAUCAGCACUGUCCAGACAGAGGGUCAGGGGUUAUGCAGCCUCAAAGGACAGUCAGAGCAGAAUGAAAACUCCUACAAGCUUUAACCAGUGCUCAUCUGGACACUGAUAGAAGUCACAAGAAUGGUAUUUAGCAGUUUAUAUUUACUAAAAUAAUUGCAUUUCCAUGUUCUAAAAGGUAUUUACCAGUUUAUAUUUAUUAAAAUAGUUGCACUUCCGUAUUCUGUGUACUGUGGGAGACCAGAUAUAG